CUCACCUCUUAAAAGCGGCGGCUUUUACGCACGCAUCGCACCCACCGACCGGAGAGCUCCUCGUCCCCUCCAGCCGCGGCAGACUAAUCACAGCAUGGCAGCCCCGAUAACGAGCGAAGCCUUCUCCUGCUUCCUGUUCUACGGCGUGCUUCUGGUGGUAAAAAUGUACAUUUUGGCGAUAAUAACGGGACAAGUGAGGCUGCGCAAAAAGGCUUUUGCAAACCCCGAGGACGCGCUGAGACACGGAGGCUUGCAGUUCCACAGAGAGGACCCGUACGUGGAGAGAUGCCGCAGGGCUCAUGUAAACGACAUGGAGAACAUCCUCCCGUUCCUCUUUCUGGGCGCCAUCUACUCCAUGACCGGACCUUGCCUGGCCGUGGCCCGCACUCACUUCCUGGUCUUCUUCGUGGCUCGCUGUCUGCACACCGUUGCCUACCUGUUCGGCCUGAAGGCGCCGACCCGCUCGCUGGCCUACGUCGUGGCGCAGAUACCGUGCGUCUCCAUGGCUCUGCAGAUCCUAGCAGCCGUCGCGGCGUACGCCUGAAUACCCAGCGAGGGACUGAACUAGGUCUUUUUUUUAUAUAGAAGAAGCACGGGGAGGAAAGCGGAGAGGCCUCCUGUGUGGCAGAACACAAAAGACAAGACUGUCAGUGAGAGUGCAAUACAAGGUGUGUGUGUGUGAACACACCACGGCCGGGUUCUGGGAGACUUUGUCAGUAUUUUUAUUGUUCCAUCUACAAUGUUGAAAUGUGAGACUGUCGUAACAGGCAACAUCCUGUUCUGUUUAUAUGUAAAAUCAAGAUGAAGGUUGUUUCACAACUUUUGUGUGUUUGACCAGGUUCUGUUGAAAUGAACCGAGGGAAACUAACCCGCACUUGCGGUGCGGUUCGUCUGUCUGGUUACUACAUUUUAAGGAAGAAGAAAAAAGGAAUCCUAUGACUGUUUGACCUGCAAAAGAAUGUGGCAACAACCUGCAGAAAACAAAAAUGUUGAAAGAAUUGUUACCUGUGAAAAUGUAUUUUUAGGCUGAAAGUAUUGUAAUUUAUUAACCGUUGUAAUGUAUACAGAUAGGUUCUAUGUAUUUUUGUAGGCAAUAAAACAAUUGAUGCAUGA